ACCUACAAGUCCACUCUAGGUGAUCACUUAACAUUGUUUUAAUUAGUUAUAAACAUAGAUACAUUUCUCUUCUUUAUCAAUGGCUACCAACAAUGCUGGUCUUUCCAAGCCACAUUCAAAAUGGCUCCUCAACAAGAGCUUCAAGAUAAGCCUCCACCGCCUCCGCCGAUCGACAUCGUCGUCCAAGCCUGCCGCCAGUGGCUCAGCCACUGCAUCGUCCUCCCCGAUGUCUUCUGCGGGACGAGCCCGUGAGUAUUAUCAAGUGUUUCGGCGGUUCGACGCCGAUGGAGAUGGCAAGAUAUCGAGCCAUGAGCUGAGGUCCUUCCUUCUAUGGGCUGGGGAGAAGGUGGCAGCAGACGAGGCGGAGAGGGUAGUGGCGGACCUCGACUCCGACGGGGAUGGGCUCAUGGACUACGGGGACUUCGUUCGACUAAUGGAGAGGGAUAACGGUGGAAACGAAGAAGGUGGUGGUGAUGAGGAUGAGGAUCUAAGAAGGGCUUUUGAGAUGUUUGAAAUAGAGAAGGGGUCAGGGUGCAUCACAGCUAAAGGGUUGCAACAAGUGCUUGGGCGUUUAGGAGAUGUGAGGUCGAGUGAGGAGUGUGAGGCCAUGAUAAGAGCCUAUGAUCUUGAUGGUGAUGGUGUGGUGGAUUAUCAUGAGUUCCAACUCAUGAUGAACUAAGCAUAUGCAAUAAUAAUUAUUAUUAUUGCUAGGGUUUGUGUAAUUGUUGAGAUGAAAUUAUU